AUGCAGGCCAUUGCUCCUCAUCCGCAUGCCAAAUCCUCGGCCGACAGCCCGGUCUGGAGGCUUGGCACCGGCAAUCUCGACGAGUGGCUCACGACACACAUGCCCAGCCACCUGAGCGCCCCGUCCGUUCCGUUCUUGAUUACCCGCGCCGAUCCCGAUCUGCAAGUCGCAGAGAGCAUGCCAGACGAGCAGCCAGACGAGCAGACAGCCGCCGACGACACUUUCAUCAACGCCAAGCAGCUCAUGAACGAGGCCACCGCCAACAUCGACCAGAUUCAGAAAGACGAUGCCAUCCCCGUCCGCAUCAAUUCGAGGAGCACCAAGUCCAGCAAGAAGCAGUGCAGGGAACAGGUACAGGGCCUCUUCCACGACCAGAUCAUGCUCAUGGCCACCGACCAUCCGCUCUGGUCGCAAGGAAGAUGGACGCUCAUCCUCAACCCGCAGCACCUCGACGCCACCUGGACGCGUCUGGCCAAAAGCUUGGAGUCGGGUGAGCUGCACGCCCAGCCUUUGGUGAUUGCGCUGCGCGCCCGCCACUUGCCCCCGUCCGAGUCCUUUGGCGAACAAACCCAUGGCGGACAGAAGCGCAAGAAGUCCGCUGCAUCGCGCUUCAGCAAUUCGCGCACCACUUCCUCGUCAUCGUCGUCGUCUCGCACCGACAAUGAGCAAUCCGUGGCCAUCGACGUCUUCUUCCGCGCCGUCUGGAGCUCCGAGGUGGCUCGCAGCGUGCUCCAGUCCGUCGCCGAGGCUUGCGGUAGGAUGCCCAUCUUUUGCAGAGCCAGCCUGUACAGCCUCCUCGGCAUCAGGAGCGGCCAUCCCCUCGGCAAUCGCUCCACGCUGUACAAUUCCAAGGCAUUCGCAUCGCCAGCCGCGGCCAAUCUCUGGACCUCCAAGCACGAGCGAGACCAUGACGAUGCCGACACCGCAGGUACGUCUGCAGCUGCACCCUUUUCUGCAGUGGCCGACACUACCAGCGUCGUAGAGGCACCCACCCAUGUGCCCACGGAGCCGUCCGCGCACCUGCCUUCGGAGGCGUCGAUCGCCGAGACCGCCGCCACCGACCCGGAGAUCCACGCCGAGGCCGCAGCCGAGGAACGCCCACCCAAGAAGGUGCGCAUCGACUCUCAGCCGACUCAAAUGCCAAACAAGCCUGUCGAGGAGCCCACUGCCAUGGCAGUUGAGCAAGCUCAGCACGCUACUCAGGAGACUGCCUCGACGCAGGACGAGCUCAUGCUGCCUGUCCGACCCGCUGCCGCUCCCGUCACUCACAAAGCGGUCGAGCCCAGUGCGGAUCAGAACGAAAAGCACGAUCUCGGCACUGCUCGCGACGAAGAGCCAGAGCCAGCCGCUGCCCAUCAGCACAAGCCCGAGCCCAUCGUCACAGAGCAAGAGCUCGGCGCUGCUGACAUUGCCGGCAACGCAAAGCCCUCCGACGAUGCUACAAAGGAGGCAUCCGAGCCGGCUGUCGAUCGGCACGCCAAGCAAGAACCAAGCGCGGAAGCUGUGACGCCGGGUGUGGUCUCCGAUCAGGCAAUCGAGUCCACAACGCAGGACGAGCCCAAGAUCCAGGAAGAGUCGCAGACUCAAGACGAGUCGAUGACGCAGAUCGAGCCGACCAUUGCUCGCGGUCAGGACCCGGCAGGUGCGGAGGCUCAGCCCGAGAAAUCGCUCCAGCCCGAUAGCCUUACCGUUGUCCCGAGCAGUGCCGCUGUCGAGGCUGCUGCUGCUGAAGAGAGCAAGCCGGCCGAAUCACCCAAAGAGCCGCCUGCCCCACAGCAGGAGACAGAAGCCAAAGCAUCCGAGGCCGAGCAGCAUCCGGCUGAUAGCGCGGCUGCCGCAGCACAGCCGGAGAAAGACGUCAAGGUGUCCGAGGCCGAGCAGCAUCUAGCUGAGAGUGCCGCUGCUUCGACGCAGAAGGAGGACGAAGCUGAGCCGUCCGAGGCGAAGCAGAAUCCAGCUGUUAGUGCAGUUGCUUUGGCAGAGCAGCCUUCGCCAGAGUCGGUGACCAAGGCUCCCGACGCCAGCGUGGUGGUAGCUAGCAUCGAGGCUCACAUCGACACUAAAGAGAUUGUGACUGCCACCUUGGAAUUGCCCGACGUCGCAUCGGGCGACCAGAAGGCCGUGCCGUCCGCCAAGCACGACGACACCGCAGAGACGAGCACGGCCGAGGUUGAGCAAGGUUGUGCCGCCGCUGUCGCUGCUGCAGACGACGCGGCUGUCCCCAAACAAGCCGGCGAGGGCGAAGCCGCUCAGGAAGCCACUACCGAAACCGCCGUCAAGCGCGACGAUGCACCCGCGAAGGCGGAGGAGAGCAAAGUGGCUGGCGCCGAGAUGGCGCUGGAGGAUCUGAUUGUCGAGGCAGCCGUGGCCGUCGAGGUGGCACUUCCGGCCGCCGAAGCUGGUGCCGACAAGCGCGACGAUGGUCCCGCUCCUGCCUGA